AUGGAGUCUGAUUCUCGCCCAAACAAACGAGCCAGAGUGUUUGAACCUGAUCCCGCCGAUCCUGGACAAGUUGAAAAUGUCGUGUACAUGAAGCCGGUCAAAAAACGAGGUAAAUCUACCCUCAAGCCCAAGGUGCAAAAAGAGGCCACCACAUCACAACAUACGCCGGCGACACAACGUUCCCCACCCCCACCGCUCAGCCUUCAGCCACAACCAACAGUCCCAUCACCAUUCUUCUCUGACGCCGCCGCCAACUUCGAUGAUGACAGCACACCCAAAAGUAACCAAGAUAGGUUCAUGCGAGACUGGAUUCCCCAUGAACACAAGUACUUGCAAGAAAUUAUUACUCUCGACGGCGCCCAAAAAGCAGCAACAUGUAGCCGAUGCGGCACAGGGGCGGUCACCUGGAGGUGUCUGUCCUGUCUGGGGGUCCCCGAAGGUUGCAAAGCAUGCAUCUCCCAAACCCACUCCCGACUACCAUUCCAUGAACUCGAGGAGUGGCGGGAGGAUCACUGGUCUUCGUCGGCUGCCAAGGAUUUAGGUAUUGUCCUCUUUAUGGGGCAUAAUGGUCUGAAAUGCCCUUGCGCCGGGGUCAGCGGCGUCAGCGGCGUCUUUGAGGCCAAAGAUGGGGACCAGGGGUUGGAUGCAGGCAAUGGCGAUGGCGGCGCCGAUGACAAACAGCGCGCCGAAGCUGACCGCAAGCGGCCCAAAACAGUGUGGCUGACUGUGGUCGACAUUUCCGGCGUCCAUCGAUUACCGGCGCUGUGGUGCACUUGCCCUGACUCGCCGCCGAGGGACUUGCAACUCCUGCGAAUGCGUCUCUACCCCGCCUCUACACAGCAGCCCCGGACGGCGUUCACAUUUGCUGCGCUGCACGACUUCAUGAUCUCAAACCUCGAAAUGAAGGUUCCCGCCAACGCUUACUUUCGGAAGCUGCGCUAUGUCACCAAUGAGAUGAUGCCUGAUGAUGUUCCUGAUCGUUACAGGGAGUUGGCCCGUUGUUAUAGGCAAUGGAUCCGCUUGCGAACCCGCCAAGCCCACGGACAUGGAUACAACCAGCCAGCAGAAGAGCAGGCGGUAGGCUCCAUGGCCCAUUUCUGCGUUGCCUGUCCCCAGCCUGGUAGAAACUUGGCGCCUGACUGGAAGACCUCUGGGCCGGCGUGGUUAUAUUAUAGGCAACUAGUGAUUGACGGAAACUUCAAACAAGUAAAUGUUCCCAUGCGAAACCAGGAAAAUGAUGUCCAGCUUGCAGAUGGAAUGAGCUACACUGUGAAUCAGGUGCAAUAUGAAGCACAUCUAGCAAGUACCACAGACAAACCAAUGCGAUCCAGCUGCAAUGACCAUCGGGCUGUGUCAUUGUCCAACCGGCGCAAGAAGAACUUGCGAGUCACAGGUCUGGUCGCCGUGGCAUGUGCUCGUCAUGGCUGUUUUCUGCCGAAUACUGUUGUUGAUUUGAAGCUUGGCGAAAAACAGUCCGUGGUGGACUUUGCCAUUUCCAUGGCAGGCAUGUCGGACGAAGAGUUGCUUGGAUUCAUUUUCAUAUAUGACAUCAUUUGCCAGUACUUCAUCCACUUUCGUCGGCGCUUUGGACAUUACCCGCACAUCGCAUUUCCCGAACAUGUGGAUGUUGUACCCGCCAUUGGUUUAUUUCAUGUCCAUGGCCACAAGGAUGAAUGUGUUGCAAGAUACUCGCCCAACUACAUCAGAGGCAUGGGGAACAUCGACGGCGAAGUCUUGGAAACUCUAUGGGCAGUUUUGAAUGCUAUUGCAAAUAGCUUUCGCAACAUGUCGGCAUCUGGAAGAAAGGAUCUGAUGAAUGCCCAAAUGCGAUGGUCUAACUUGCGAAAGAUGUUAACAUGUGUGGAGUUGACUAUCAAGCGGUGGCACACGGCCUUGAAGCAUUUCGCGUCGGCGCAGAGAGAAUUUGCGAAGUUUAGAAACGUCUGCCAACCCAAGGAUGUGGCUGAGUGGUCCAAGAAAAUCGAGGCUGCCUACAUGAUCCGCGACGGUUCUAAAGAAAAAGACAAGAUUUUCAAUGUGAAGGUUGGCAAGCUUGCAGGUAGACUGGCAAUCAGUGAGACCCUCCAGCCACCAGCAAGACGCAGUGAAAGUGCUCGUGGCGUUAUAGCCUGGCUACUGUUAGGCAUCGACAUUGAGGAACUUCAGAUCCGCAUACUUGCUCUUGUUCGCGUUGCUGGGAAGCGCAGCCGGCGCAGCGAUACUACAACUCUCGAGCGCGAACGCCGGCACCUCAACGAACUCAUGGCCGACUUUGAGCGUGAUGCUCCACUAUACAUGAACGCCUUGCUCAUCACCAACCCGAAGCAUGUAGUAUUGACUCAAAUCUUCGAGGGCGACCAUGAGGACCUCGUACCAGAGGAGGGACCCCAUGACACUUGCCCCACAAAUUCAGCCCCUGGUGUCGACAGCGAGGAAGACAGUGAAUAUGAGGAAGAGUCAGACGCCGACACCGAGGAUGCUGCAGAGGAUGGACAGGAUGUUGGCUCAGAUGGGGACGACGCCGGCGAUGCCUGCGCCGAUGACAUUGCGCCGGCGCCAUCCGGCGCCAGGGAGGCAGGCCAUGCGCCAAGCGGCGCCGCCAACCUCCGGCGCAAACGCGCAUCAAGCACUCAGCCUGAGCGCCGCACGAUUGGGCUGCCUUCGGCAUUUGGACGCGCUGUGUGCGUCGAGCAAGGUUUGGUAGAUUUGGUUCACCAAGAGCUUGAACUUCGCAAAGGGCAGGCUCACGACGCCAUUGGCAACGUCCGUAAUCACAUUGGACGCAAGUCUGUUCUGUACAAGGAAGCAGUCCGUCCUGCCAAGCAUAGCCAACAGGCAAGUGCUGCUGCCCGCCGCCUCGUCGACUUGCAAACCGCGCAGGUCAACAUCCAUCGCUUAUACUACAGCCGAGCAAGAGAUGCUAUGCUUGCAUUGGCUGAUAACCCCGAUGUUGUGAAGGAGUAUGAGGUUAUGACAGCUGAUGACCUACAGUCUAGUACUGCGGAGUUGAACCCUGCAGCACGUGGGCUACGGCACAAAGGACUCUCGUGGUUUUGGUACCUCGACAUCAAGAAAGCAGUGGGUAGCGAUGACGGCCCUCGCCUGAUGAAAGAAUUCGCUCGAUUGGAAUGGACUCACGCCAGGUGCCGAUUAGACCGCGCCGAGGAGGAGCUGAUUUUCCUCAGACAUGAGAUGAGCUGGAUUCCAGCGGGGUUCGAAGCCGAGGCAGCCAAAUGGCGGCGGCGUCAGACCUGCAUCACUGAGAAUGUGUACGUGGGGCACGCCGAGUAUGCGCGGCGCCAGGUUGAGAUAUGGGAGAAGCUGUCGGCGCGCGCACAGGCUGAAUUUGGAAAAGAGUUGGUCAAGUCACCACCACCAGAUAUCAAUCUCGGCCUUGAUGUUGAAGGCAACAUAACUUGGGAUCAACACACUGGCUUGGGUGUCACUGGUACCAAACUUCUAUAG